GGAGUAUUGAGUAUCUGCUAGAUAACACUACUUCCUGUAUUACGUGCCCGUUUAAAUGCCACCCCAGCCGACCAGAUCUUGCGAUCGAUGCUACAGCAUCAAAGAACGGUGCUCGUGGCUCCAAGACUCUAACAGGUGUGCUCGAUGCUCUCGACUUGGUUUCUCUUGCGGUAAUACUCGCCCAACGAAGAGGGUCGGUCGCCGGGCUCGCUUAGCUGGACCUUUACAGGCCAAUUCAGAGAGCACGAGUAUGAUCCCGGGCACUCCAUCCAUUACUGAGACCGACCUUGUAUACACUAUCCUUUCUGACUAUGACAUCUAUGGCAAUUUCCUCAUUGGGCCAGCCUUCUGGCGCCAGCACCACGCUUCCCUACUCUCAAGUUUUGAGCAGUCGAGGUCAAUUCUAGACCACGCCUAUCUUGCUUCUGUUCUGUCCGUCGCUCAUUCAAAGAGCAGCAGGGUAAACCUGUCUCAGGACGAGCUUCUUGCCUCAUACCGGCACGCGUCGUCAGCGUUGCAGAAUCUUCGCGAUAUGCACAUCACAGAUGCGCAGCAAGCAGCAACCAGUCUCAUUCUUGGAACAAUGAUUAUGCUCUUUGCCAUGUUCACAAGACCGCAUAAUGUCUACACUUUAUCCCGACAGACUCUCAUCCUGCUUCGGCCGGUGUAUGACAUCAUUCCGUAUCCUGAUCCGAACCAUUUUUUCUUCCUUGCCGGCAUGACGAUGCUGGAGAUGGCAGGAUCUUUGGUUUACGGAGCUGCUCCAGCACUAAAGUUCCGUCAACCAGAAGACCCCCUCUACGUGGAUCGCUACCUUGGUGUAUCUACCUCUCUACUUCCAUUACUUUUCCAAUUAUGCGAACUGAACCGGGUGGUCUCAACGGACCACGGGGGGCACGAUAUUCAUCGAAUAACGCACUCACUAGACAAACUCGAGGCAGAAGCACUCGCCUGGCAACCCGGUGCUUCCGAAGGGUUAUGCCAAAGAUUUUCCGCAAUCGAGAUCGCACACAUAUUCUGCCAGGCCCAAGUAAUGCGUAUGGCCGCCCUUCUCAUCCUUUAUCGUAUCAGAUUUCCCUUCGGGGUGCAUGACCUUCCUGCCCGGGGACUUGGAAUGUCAAUCCUGACACAGCUGGAAUCGACUCUGCUGGUAACAGGCAAGCCGGUCAAAUUCGUGAUGGUACCCGUUCUUGUGGCGUGUAUUGAGUUGACAGAGGGCGCGGAAAGGGAUCGGUGGAUGCCGCAGGUUCCGAAAUUGGUCUGUUGCUCUGAUGGCUAUGGGCUAUAUAUUCAAGGUGUAGUCAGGGCAUUCUGGGCAGUUAGGGAUGCUGGUAUUUAUUUCAAGGGGUAUAAUGUGAGCAAGUAUCUGUACGACGAAGCCGAUAGCUUAGUGGAGACCUUGGAAGGGAUAAAAGCCCAGGGUACAGGCUGAU